CGGGUUGCGACUCUUCGUUUUCGUGAGAGAGAAACCUUCGGGCAAAAAACAAUCGGAGCUAAAACACAGUCGGCGAGACGCAUAGUACUGCAGAUCGAGGACGAUGAGAACACUGCGUCACAAAAUAACUGAAGAAGAAAUGUGUGGAUUUCACAGAGAUUGAUUCAGAUUUCAUUUGUACAGUUGGAAUCUGUGAGGCUUCAACCAUGUCUGUUGAUCCCACUUUCAUCGACGAGGAUGCUUCCUCAGGCUCGGGCGAGGAUGUGAAUUUGUUAGAUGGACACAGUAAGCGUCAGUCUACGACACCACGUUCUGGUCGUCGCAAGAGAAGCCGUAAGGCUGCCGGCGAUGCUAUAGUAGAUGCUAUGCUAGAAAUAGCAGCAGCUUCAAAAAUGAGGGCAGCUGCAAUUAUGAAGAAUGAGGAGCAGUUUUCUAUAAGCAAGUGCAUAAAACUAUUGGAUGAUAUGCAAGAUACAUCAACCAGCAUGGAAGACUUCGACCUAGAAUUGGACAGGAUGGAAUUAGUUGCAGCUGUGGCUGGUUACCACUAUUAUAAUAGUUUAACUAGGCAGCGUUGUCGUAGUAUGUCACCUGUAGGACCUGGAUUUAUGACAAAACUACUGAAUGGUGAUGACAAUUUAUGCCGGGAAAUGCUUAGGAUGGAUAAACAUGUUUUUCACAAGUUAUGUGGCACUCUUCGACAGAGGGCCAUGCUACGUGACACAGCUGGUGUGAUGAUUGAGGAGCAGCUGGCUAUUUUCUUGAACAUUGUUGGUCACAAUGAGCGUAACAGAGUAAUCCAAGAACGCUUUCAGCACUCGGGUGAAACAAUAAGCAGGCAUUUCAAUAAUGUAUUGAAGGCAAUUAAGUCAUUGUCACGUGAGCUCCUUCAAUCACCACCACUAGCUACCUCUCCACAGAUCCUCGGAAGUAACAGAUUUUACCCGUACUUUAAGGAUUGCAUUGGAGUGAUAGAUGGCAUGCACAUCCCUGCACAUGUACCAGCCAAAGAUCAAUCUAGGUUUCGUAAUAAAAAAGGUAUUCUAUCACAAAAUGUGUUGGCAGCUUGCACAUUUGACCUCCAGUUUAUAUUCAUUUAUCCUGGAUGGGAAGGCUCAGCUGAGGAUUCACGUGUGUUACGAGCUGUCCUUGAUGAUCCGGAUCAGAAUUUCCCUCAGAUUCCUGAAGGAAAAUACUAUCUUGUUGAUCCAGGCUACUCAAAUAGGGAUGGAUUUAUUGCUCCAUUUCAAGGAGUUCGGUACGACCUCCACGAAUACAGGGGUGUCAAUCAGUUACCAAGAAAUGCAAAGGAGCUGUUUAAUCACCGUCACUCCUCUUUAAGAAAUGCCAUCCAGAAGUCUUUUAAUGUGUUAAAAAUGCGAUUUCCAAUUCUCAAGCUUGCUCCUCAAUAUGCUUUCCACACUCAAAGAGACAUUGUUAUAGCAGCGUGUGUAAUACAUAAUCACAUCCGACGCGAGGAGAGAAAUGAUUUGCUGUUUAACAGUGUUGAAGGAGGCACAGUUGACGAUGGUUUGCCUGAUUUGGAUGAUCAACCUGAUAUGCUUUUGGCUGCCUCUAUACAAGAACAGAUUGCAUCGUCAUUAAGGGACUCGAUUACUGCAGCAAUGUGGAAUGACUUUGUGCAUAAGUGGGAUGAGUGGUGAGUGGUGAGUGGUAGAUGGUAGUUAGCAGCAAUGAGGUUCUUGUAAAGGUUCUUUUGAUGUUUAUUUUUUCUGGCUAUUAGUUACUGAGCGGGUAAUUGUGUUAUGAAUUGUUUAAUUUUGUGUUUAGCACUGGGACAGGAUAGAUAUGCCUGACAGUUGUGGAAAACUCAUAGUACUACUUGGUGGGGAGAAUAGUAGAUAGCAUUUUGGUGACUUAACCUGUAUCUGUCGAUCUGUUUUGUGCUAGAACUGUAAUGACAUAGCGUACUGACGUUACUGGGCUCUUGAGUAUUGUAAUGCUGAUUUGUUCUAAUACAUCACUAGCUAUUCAACAUUCU